CGACGACGACNCGACGACGGCGGCGACGGCGACGGCGACGGCGACGACGACGACAACAACAACAACAGUGAAAUAAGAAUCUUUUGUACAAGCGACAUUUUCUAUGUGGAUAAAUUCGAUAGAAACGAAGAGUGUUUGUCAAUGGUUAUUAAAUGUGUAGUAGUAUCGUGGACAAGUAAGUAGCGCCAAAGGUGGUGAAGAGGUGAGGAGGAGCGUACAUAGUAGCGUACAUAGUAGCGUAACGCAUGAGGGUAAAAGAGACAGAGAGAAAACGGGUUGCGAUGUGAUGAUCGAACUCGACUUUGAUCAAAAAGAACCGAGGAAAAGAGCGACGAUAAGUCGGGUUUUUAGCUAAGAAGCAGCAGCAGCAGCAGCAGCACACGGUUGGUUGUAAAAUGGCGGCGGGACCGGCUGUGUGGCGACUGGUAAGGAUUUGGUCGCUGAACGUUGACGACGUCGUUUAAUCUAACUAGGUCGAAAAUAGAGUGAUCGAGAAGGAUUGUCAUGAUAGAAGAUUAGAUCCGUUAGGGAUAGAAGAAGUGGAACGGAAGGAGAAGGAGCGUACGUAGGCUUGCAUGAUUUUCGGAGCAAUUCUGUCUUCAAACUGAUGAAAGAUGCCGCAUCCGUGCCGGUAGUGAAUAAUUGGUGGUGGUGGCGUAAGCCGCAUGCGAAAAUCGCAAUGUGAUCCGUUUGCGUUGCGAGACCAAACGAAAAAUAGAUAAUUGUUUUGAAGAUAAUAUUUGAAGAAAAUAGACAUUUUGGUGUGGUUUUGAUUUUCAGUACAAGUCGUGGAUUUACUGUACAUUAUCUCAACGCUAUUGGGGAAGAACAGCAGAAAGAGAAGUAGAAGGAGAAGGAGGAGAAGGAGGAGAAGGAGUUGAGGAAGAGUUGUGGAAGAGUGGAGGAGAAGGGGGAGGCAAAAGUAGGAACGUUCGACAAUAGAAAGAUGACAAGGUCGUCGCGUUUUUCGUUUUCAUUUUUGACGUCGAUGUCGAGCCGUGGUUGUUAUUGCUGCUGCUGCUGUAACUGCUGCUGUUGCCGCUGCUGUCGUCGUCGCCGACGGUGUAGUUUAACAGGAAUCGCGAAUGUGAUUGUAAGAAAAUCUACGGAAAGCAUUGCCAUUAAACAACUCGGUGCUCGUUACGAUUGAGGAUUUCACUUCUCUUUUCACCGUUGGAGGUGGAGAAAAAGGAAGAGGAGAAAGAGGACGAAAACACGGUGGAGGGGAACGAGGAGGAAGAAGAAAAUGAGAGGCGCGCGCGGAAGCUACUCCGCGAGUGUUCUCGCACUGGCGGUUUUUUUUUUACUUUACGUGUCAUAUUCGGUGGACGGAUUAAAAUGUUACUGCGAUAUUUGCACGGAUAACAACCACACGUGUGAAACCGAUGGCUAUUGUUUUGCCAGUACGAGCCUGGAGAAUGACGUCAUCACGUAUGCAAGGAGGUGUUACAAUAAGACGUACUUCUUCCCGGCGCCCAAAUACUCUGUCUGGUGUACAACGAAUGGCACCCUGAAUGGUUUUGCCGACAUCAAGUUCGUCGUUGCUUGCUGCGACCACUCCGACUUCUGCAAUCGCGAGCUAUGGCCCUCUUUUCCUCCUCACGAACUCGAGCCUCGACAAGGUUCUCGAAACGACAACGACCUCGGAGGAGUGUCGUUGAAUGGGGACGAUGCGUCGUGGGUCACUUGGAAAACGACCUUGAUGAUAGCACUGCCUAUAGGCUUAAUCGUUCUUAUCGUCAUGAUCAUUUAUCACGUAUACGCGUCAAAGAGAAGUUCAGUGAGACAUUUCCCAGAUGAUUCGAUGGAGGCACCGGAUCGGCCAAUCCUUGGAGGUGUCACCAUUAGGGAUAUGUUGGAAAUGACCACUAGUGGCAGUGGUUCGGUAGGUCUGCCACUUCUGGUACAGCGGAGUAUAGCGCGCCAGAUUCAGCUCGUUGAGACGAUCGGAAAAGGUCGUUUCGGUGAGGUCUGGCGUGGUCGUUGGAGAGGUGAAAAUGUUGCCGUUAAAAUCUUUAGCUCGCGAGAAGAAAGAUCUUGGUUUCGAGAAGCAGAAAUUUAUCAGACGGUGAUGUUGAGGCAUGACAAUAUCCUUGGCUUCAUCGCUGCCGAUAAUAAAGACAACGGUACGUGGACGCAAUUGUGGUUGAUCACGGAUUACCACGAAAAAGGUUCGCUUUUCGAUUACCUAAAUAGAUCAACUGUAGAUACGAAUGGUAUGAUUAGAAUGGCCUUGUCGAUCGCCACUGGUCUGGCGCAUCUUCACAUGGAAAUUGUUGGUACGCAAGGUAAACCAGCUAUCGCUCAUAGAGAUCUCAAAUCGAAGAACAUUCUCGUUAAGACGAAUGGUACAUGCGCGAUUGGCGAUCUUGGAUUAGCUGUUAGACAUGACGUAAUCACGGAUACCGUUGAUAUACAAUUAAAUAACAGGGUUGGAACUAAACGUUACAUGGCACCUGAGGUCUUGGAAGAGACGAUAAAUAUGAAUCACUUUGAUUCGUUCAAAAGAGCAGACGUCUAUGCCCUCGGUUUGAUCCUUUGGGAAAUUGCAAGACGUUGUAACGUUGGUGGAAUUCACGACGAUUAUCAACUGCCCUUUUAUGAUUUGGUGCCUUCCGAUCCUACGAUUGAAGAAAUGCGUAAGGUUGUCUGUACGGACAGACAGAGGCCCUCCAUACCAAAUCGAUGGCAGUCGAUCGAGGCUCUGCAAGUGAUGUCUAAAGUUAUGAAGGAAUGUUGGUACCAGAAUGCCGCGGCAAGACUGACUGCGCUCAGAAUUAAGAAGUCUUUGGCCAAUUAUGGCGCUAUGGAGGAUCUGAAAUAGAGUGUUAAGAAGAUCAGGAGGGACCAUUCCAAAAGUGUCAGUGUUGUAAUGCUUCGCAAAUAAUAGGAAAAUGCGAUCGUAAGUUAAAUACAAAAUUGUAUUCCAGAAGAGUAUAGAAUGGAUUAUUCAAGUCCACACGAUUUAUAAGUUAUUUUAUUUAUGUUUUUAUCUUUGUUUUUCUUUCUUUUUUUCUUUUUUUCUUUUUUUUUGGUAAGCAUGCCAAAUUCAAUCGAUUAUAGUUUUAUUAUAUUAUUUUUGACAACAAAUUGGGGAACAUUUCUUAAUUAGAACACAACAACAAAGCUAAAGUCAAUCGAAAAGCUUGAAAAAUGCUUUUGGUUAAUCAAAGUAUAAUCUACGUUACAUUACUGCUGUAUAUUUAUUAUAAUACUAUUAAGAUAAAGUACAUAAAUUUAUCCUGUAGUAAUGUUUAUGGAUUAUAAUUAAGCGAUAAUUAUAAGUUUAUAUGUUAGUUCGUAUGCGCGUGCGUAGGGAAUUACUCGACGGGGCGAUGUCGAUUAACCACAAAUGGUAUUCCCAAUAUGAAUAAAGAUAAUGCAGCGCGAGGCAUCUAACUUCAUUACUUCGAAUAACUUUUUAAUUGUACACGAAACAACAAAUUUCUUCACAAAUAAUUGUUUAUUGUUUAAUGUACGAUUUAUCAACUAUUCGAGUUAUUCAAGUUACAUGCCUUACAUUGUAUAAUAAAACUGAUUGACUUUUGUUUAAUCGAAUGUGUUCUAUCCAUGGAGAUUAUGGAACAAAACCAGAAUAUUUUGUUUAUCGAACAUGUUUUUAUUUAUUUCAAGAUGUUCAAGAUAGUGUUUCUAUUUUUAAAUACUUCCUUUAUUAUAUAUAUAUAUAUAUAUACUUAAAAUGAAACUUAUCGUCGAUAUUUGAACAAGUGCGAGCAGAAACCAAACUUCUCGAGAGCAUGUACCGUUUACAACGUGUGUUACAAGAGAAAUGCAUAUAAUACGCAGACAAAUUUGUUCUUGACGAUGCAAGCGGCGGGGAAGAAAUUGCUAUUGACAAAAAGUAAACUAAACGUACAUGCCAUUUAUAUAUUGAUUAUUUUUCACGAGUUUAUGUAAACUUUUUCAAAUUGAUCUUUUCAAAGAAAUACAAGCAAGAAUUAUGAUUUUUCAAAAUAUAUUUGUAAUCUUUUCUUUAUGCAAAAUUGGGGAAUAGGUAAGGGAGAAGAUAAAACUCUUACAUUGAAACAAAAAUUUGCUUGAUAAAUGGUAGUUUCAUAAUGCGAAGAGCUUUUUAUCGCUAUUUCGUUGAUAUUGGAAGGCCUUUUAUUUACGACCAGUUAUAUUUACUGAUUGACUUAAAUAUAUAUACACAUACGUAUAUACGCGUCCACGCGUGUAACGUUUUUAACGUAGAUAUAACGAAAUAUUUCUCUUAAGACGACGUACGCUUUGCAAGUUGAUCAUCGCGACAUGCUACGGUAUUUCCCGCGAGUGUGUCGAAACGUAUUUCCUUUGUAACACAGGAAGGCUGAAAUUUUGAAGGGUGCUAAGCUCAAGAGCGACUGUUAAGUAGUGUGAAAGGAGGAGAGCAAAUGAGUUAAUGGUAGCGAGAGUGGCUUUUGCGCGAGUAUGAAAAAAACUAAGAAAUGAAAAAUUGCGAACGAGAGACGCUAAUAA